AUGCUUAACUCUUUCUGGGGCAAAUUUGGCCAACGCCCCAAUCAGACACAAGUAUCCAGCUGUACAAAACCAAGUGAAUUUUUUCAGAUCAUCACAGAUGAUAGACAAGUGAUUCACAGAAUCGAGAUAGUCAAUGAACAUAUGGUCGAAGUUUUUCACAAUUUCCAAGAAAAAACCAUUCCCGUUCAAACAAAUGUAAAUAUUUUCAUCGCAUGCUUCACCACCUCAUAUGCUCGGCUCAAGCUCUAUGAUGCUCUUGACACAUUACAAGAAAGAGUAUUAUAUUUUGACACUGAUUCAGUUAUUUACACAAAGAAACCCACUCAAGCAACCAUUCCCACCGGGAAUUAUCUCGGACAGUUUAUCAAUGAACUCGACGAGGGAGACCAUAUUGUGGAGUUCGUGGCAGCAGGACCUAAAAACUAUGCUUAUAACACAAAACAAGGAAAGCAAACAUGCAAAGUGAGAGGACUCACACUCAACGCACGCGGGCAAAGAAUCUUACAUUUUAAUAGCAUGAAAGAGUUAGUCCUAAAUGAAAUACUUGAACCAGAAGAUGUACCACGCACCCUUUCCCUCCAUACCCCCUAUAAAAUCACAAGAUGCACAGCCACGAAAACUCUUCAUUCAGUUGCACAAGACAAGAAAUACAAACUGGUGUUUGAUAAACGUGUCAUUGAUCAUGACACAUAUCAAUCAUUUCCCUAUGGAUAUAAAUGUAUAUCCACUUCCCAAAUGUAA